AUGAGUGUUCGUAAAAUUCAACGAGAUCUAGGACCUUAGACUGAAGGUUAUAAAGGUGUAUUUAAAGGGGUUUCUGAAAAUCUGAAUGUUGGUGUAGGCAAGUAUGCUGCAACAAUUACUAUGGAAUAAAGACAACAUCACUAUAACAUUGGAUGGAAACCGUGA